UCACGUGGAGACAGGAGUCCACCUCGGUUCUGUCCAAACAGAACGUGAGUGAGUGAGUAGCUACUACUAGCUGACUGUCUGUAGGAGCGCCGCUGGGCUGCUAAAACGAUCCAUGUUGUUUUUCAGCCACGCGUCCCUUUAAACUUGACCAUUUGAUUGAAGAAUGAGUGAUAACGAUGAUAUCGAAGUCGAUAGUGACGAAGACUCGCCGAGAUAUCACAAUGUGGCAGACAAACGGGCACACCACAAUGCGCUGGAGCGCAAGCGUAGGGAUCACAUCAAAGACAGCUUUCACAGCCUCCGUGACUCUGUGCCUGCCUUGCAGGGAGAAAAGGUUGGUAACAGUACUGGUGCACACCACAACAGCCAGUCUACCAAACAGGCGUCUCGAGCUCAAAUCCUAGACAAAGCCACAGAGUACAUCCAGUACAUGAGACGAAAAAAUCAUACGCACCAGCAGGACAUUGAUGAUUUGAAGAGACAGAAUGCACUGCUGGAGCAGCAAGUGCGUGCUCUGGAGAAGGUAAAGGGCUCAGCACAGCUCCAAAGCAACUACUCGUCAUCCGACAGCAGCCUCUACACCAACCCGAAAGGCAGCGCCGUGUCGGCGUUCGACGGCGGCUCCGACUCCAGCUCCGAGUCUGAAUCCGAGGAGCCUCCCAACCGCAAGAAGCUGCGCGUGGAGGCCAGCUAGGAAGCGCCGUGCGCUCCAAAAAGCAGGUGAAAGGCCGCACACGGCCUCACUGGAAAGGCGAGAGAGGAAGCCUUUAAACGCUCUCGAAGCUCUUUGACCUUUCCACCUGACGCCCACCACACACCCACUGUUCUUGUCCCCCACCUCGUUUUCCCCCCACUGGGUGGGCUCGCUCGCACUGGAGAGUCGUGACCCCCUCAAAACUUCUCACGACCGUCACCACAAUCGUCUCCUAGAACAAGGAGCCAGCAGGGUGGAAUCUCUUCAACUCCUCCUCUUAAUAUUUUCUUCCCGCAACAAUCCAAACCCCCUCCAAAAAAGGCAGCUCGGCUACUUGAGAACUUUGUAAUGUUUCCCUUGCCUGGGUUUGUGUACGGGAGCGGCAGGUGCAAAACAGACAUACUCCCUGUACGUGAACAGUGGACCCCUGCUGUUGGCAGGUGAUAACAAUCCUCACCAUAAAUAACGGACACUCCUCAAUGUGAUUAUAAUUGCUUGAAUUAAUAGUUAAAAGCAUAAAUAGGAACACCAGGAGUUAAGUCAUGAUGCUGAUGCUCCAUCUUAGCUCCUUCGUAGGCUGCUCCCAAUCUAGUUUACUGUUAUCUAUAUUAGAGAAGCGGCAAUAUCAUAAUGUAUACAGUAUGUGGCCUCGAAAAUACAGUAAUUUUAAGACUUUUUAUUUCCUUCCCCCAAUAUAAAAAAUUGCAAAGGUUGUUUUUUUGUUAGGAUAAAAAAAUUGGUCGAAUAAUGCCGUAUUGCCAGUAUGCAGGGGUCCACUGUAUUUUAUUUUGGACUUGAACAUGCACCUAGAUAAAUUGUUUUGGAAAAAAAAUCUUUUUGAGCAAACACAAAUUGUACAUUUGUAUUUUUUUUCACUUUAGAAUGUGAAGACCCUUCAAGGAGAAAUGUUUAUUGACACCAACCUCAGGCCCACUGGAUUGCAGAUUUUUUUUUUCUGCUACGACACACUUGUUAAUGAGAUUGAGGAAAAGUUCCUGUUGAAAUUGAUGUUUGGAAUGAAUUUAAAUAUUCCUAAACUUGUAUUGUAUUUUGUCCUUUAGCCUGAAAUAGUGAAUGACUUUAGGUGGUUGAACACAUUAGGCAGCUUGUUUGAUAGACAAAAAAAAAAAAGCAUUAGUAAUGAUUGGAUGUUUUCAAUCUCAAAUGUAUGUUAUGCAUUUUGUAGUCAUCUCACAGGUCACAAAGUUUAUCACUUAAAUCGGAACGUUCCAAAGUAGUAGUUCCUGUUGUUUGCAGUACAAAGAAACCAAUGAAUCCCCCAGUUGAUGUAUUGUGCUUUACAAACUCACAAAAUCCAUGUUGCUGAACAUUGCCCAAGGAAACAAAAAAAUUGAAGCGCAUUUGAGUGUCUAGGAAACGUGUGUCUGUACUUCAUUUCCAUUUUCUUUCCAUUCAGGAGGAUAUGAUUAGUGUACCGGGUCUUUGUCCGAUUCCAUUCCAUGGAAAUUACAAGUAUGUUGUACAUACUGCCAACAAUUGUCUUGCAAGUUGAGGCCUACCUUUAAUAUGAGACUAUAAAAUAAACUAUUUUAUCCUUUAA